AUGUGCGAGAACGACAUCAACAAGAGUCUGCGAUGCAUUCUGCUCGCGCUCUAUGUCCCGACCUUGACGCUGUGCAUUGCACACAGCGUCAUUUGGGUCGAAUGUCCUCUGCCGGGCGUGGGCAUCAUGCCCGCGACAUUCUCCUUCAUCUCGUCCGCGGUCCUCCUACUUCACGGGCGGAAGCGCCGCAGUGGUGAGGGCGCAAUCGCACUGCCACUGGGGGGCAACGUCUUUGCCCAAAAGGCCAAAGUGAACCCUCUGUUUCUGUUCCUUACUGACGCCACGAUUGGCGUGCUGACCCUGUUGAUCCUAUGCUUAACGUGGGCGCUCUACCCUUGGCACAGCUGGGGUGCGAGAGGUGCUGUGGCUGCUUAUGCUACACAGCCUUUGAUUGCAACCUUCCUCAUCCACACGUGGCUCGCCGGCAAGAGCUUCAUCAAAGUCGUCAAUACGAUCGGCGGCCUGUGGACCAGAUCAGUGCCUGCUGUCUGUCCUCACUGUCGGGAGUACUACAGUGCGACCCCGCCCGAGCAGCUCAUGCAGCAGCAGAGGGGCAUCAGUGCCACGGCUGGCGAUGCAGAGACACAGCCAUUGUAUCGCGAUCCCAGUUUCGACGCGGAUGCGGCAAUGCGCCCUGACGCCAAUGAGACGGACAGCCACAAGUCCUAA